AUGCCGUCGGUUGCAGAUGCGACAGAAAUAGACCGCAUCUCAUUUGAGUCAGUUUCAACUGUUGCGAAUGUCAGUGUCAUUAGUGACCCUCAUGGAAAUGAAUUUGACGUUGUUGAGAUCUCCAAGGAUAUAUUUACAGAAAUAUUUCCCAGAGUGAUGAUAGAUGCUGAUUUUGAGAAUUCUACCCAUAUACCUGAAAACUCCUUUGUUCUUGUCAAGUUGUUGGGAGCUCCAGAUUACUUUGACAAGUUUCAAAUAUUGAAAAUUGGAAGAGUUCUGAACAAACUCACCAAAUCGAUUGUGUUUAUCAAUAGUUCAAAUUUAGCACGAUUCAACACCGAUGAGUUGACUUUCAACUUGGCUGUGGUGAAAUCAAUCAGCGAAGACACCAUUUCUAAACUAUCUCAAGUUUUUGUUUCGGUGCCAAACGAUAUUUAUCAUUUGUUAAAGAACAAAACCCAACAAGCAAUAAAGCAAUUAUUUGUAUUUCAAUUCCUUUGGGGGAAUGGGAAUGUUGUGAAUGAAGGUGAUACAAUCCGCUUGAUCAAUGGACGGGCUAAUCUAUGUGAGCCAGUCGCUCAAGGGAAAGUUGAUCUCGAUACAAAUUUUGUGUUGAUUAAUCAAAGCGAUGCUGCUAAUGCGAUCGAUGCAAAUGGGACAAUUGAAGCAACUGCUAAAGAAGCCGUCUUGGAUCUAGACUUGUCAAGUUACUUGUCAUCUGGCUUACAAUUUGACUCCUUUUCAAAACCUGCAAGCCCUUCCAAGUUUCAUGCUCGUCCCUUGUUCGAAAACAUGAACAUUGAACAUCCUUCAGAGACCUGGAAGAAAGAGGACAAGGAGCUUUUUGUAUUCAUCAAUAAUUCAGAUUUCAUCAAGUUGGGAUUUCCAGUUUUUAAUGGCGACUUGGUGAAAAUUGUCACAGCAAAGGAGUCUGUUAUUGUGAGGAUCUUUAGUUUUACAGAGCCACAAACAUCUUUUGAAACUGGGUUUGUCUAUAUGUCGCCAAUAUUGUUUAUCAACUUACAACUUAAUGAAAAUUCAGAGAUCACAUUUGAACUGGUACGAGGAGACUCAUUAACCACGCUCAUUCCCGUGGCUGAAUCAGCAACAAUUUCAAGAGUAAGUUCACAAAUCACCAUGGACAAGACUUACCAACAAAGUUUUUUCUCCAGCUUGAAAACGAUACUUAGUGAUCAGUUGAAGUGUGUAAAAGAAGGUGACUAUUUCCCAGUAGUUAUCGAUACAGUAUUGGCAAAGAUUAUGUUUGAUAAUGCAAAUGACGAGAGUAACGAGGAUAAUAAAGAGCAAAAUUUGGAAGUGAUUCCUGUUGGAAAUCCAGAUGCAGUCGCAUGGUUCAAAGUUACCGAUAUCAAGGGCACGAACGAAGUAGGUACUAAUCAGUUCAUCAUCAAUCCGACAAAGACUUUACUUGUGUCUUCCGGUGUGGAGAGCUCAAGAUUGCCAAGUAAUGAAGAUGCUAAUUGGUACCAAUAUCUCAACUUGCCGCCAAUUUUCAGCUAUACCACAUCUGAUGACUUUAAAUACGCACAAGAGUUCAAAAAGAUUUUAAAGACAUGUUUGUCAUCUAAAAUCAAUCUCAGGACAUCGAUACUUUUGACUUCAAUGAGUAGAGGUAUCGGGAAAACCACUUUGGUACGUAGUACCUGUAUCGACAUGGGGUUAAACUUGAUUGAGCUAGAUUGUUUCGAUUUUAUUAAUCCCGGUCAAGAGUUGAAAACGAUCGGAUUGCUCGGCGGUAAGAUCGAUAAAUUGAUUGCCAAUGUGCCCAACCAAUCUUCUUUUCACGUCAUUUAUUUGAAACAUAUUGAAAACUUGGUACCCAAGACAGAUGAAAACGAUCAAAACUCCAGUAUUUUUGCAUCACUUUCUAUAAAGGUUAUUGAAACCUUGACUGAGUACUUGGAAAAAUAUGCCAAUCUUGUUAUCGUAAUGAGUUGCAAUGAUUACGACAAAUUGAAUGAUAACUUGAAAUCAAUUUUGAAAUUCACGAUUGAAUUUACAGUUCCCACUGAAAAUGAGCGUUUGGAAAUUUUCAAGUUUUUGAUUGCAAAUGAAAAGGCAAAAACGCCAUCUAAUGAUCUCACGUCUUUCCCGUUUGUUCCAAGAAAAGACAUCAAUUCAAAGACACUUGCCUUGCAAUCUGCUGGUUUAACUCCACGCGACUUGAUUUCCAUUAUCAAGAAAUCCAAAAAAUUGGCUAUCAAACGAUUGUCAAAAUUGUCAAAGGAGCUCAACAUAUCUGUAGAAAAUCUAAUCAAUAUAGGAAAUGGUGGAGUAAUAACAUGGAUACCAGAUGAUUUUGAAGCUGCCAUUAACGAAGCUCGAAACCAAUUUAGUGACUCCAUUGGUGCUCCGCGUAUUCCAAAUGUCAAAUGGGAGGAUAUUGGGGGUUUGGACUUGGUCAAAGAUGAAAUUUUGGACACUAUUGAUAUGCCCUUGAAACAUCCCGAGUUGUUCAACAAUGGUCUCAAAAAGAGAAGUGGUAUUUUGUUUUAUGGGCCUCCUGGUACUGGUAAAACAUUAUUAGCAAAAGCCAUAGCGACAAACUUUUCGUUGAAUUUCUUUUCAGUCAAGGGUCCUGAAUUGUUGAAUAUGUACAUUGGUGAAUCGGAAGCCAAUGUGCGUCGAGUUUUCCAAAGAGCAAGAGAUGCCAAGCCUUGUGUUAUUUUCUUUGAUGAGUUGGAUUCAGUAGCCCCUAAAAGAGGUAAUCAAGGAGAUUCUGGAGGGGUCAUGGAUAGAAUUGUUUCCCAAUUGCUCGCCGAGUUGGAUGGUAUGAGUAGUGAAGGUGGGGACGGGGUUUUUGUAGUUGGUGCCACAAAUAGACCUGAUUUACUAGAUGAGGCAUUGUUGAGACCUGGUAGAUUUGACAAGAUGUUGUAUCUUGGAAUAUCUGACACCGAUGAAAAGCAAACCAAAAUUUUGGAAGCAUUGACAAGAAAAUUUCAGUUGGAUGAUGGUGUUGAUUUGAAAAAGAUUGCCGAAAAAUGUUCAUUUACGUACACGGGUGCCGAUUUUUACGCGUUAUGUUCUGACUCAAUGUUGAAUGCCAUGACACGAGUGGCAGGAGAAGUUGAUGAAAAAAUCAAGGCAUACAAUGCUGACGUGAUCGCUCAAGGUAAAAAUGAAGUGAAUUCGAGAUGGUGGUUUGACAAUGUAGCUACAAAGGAAGAUACUACAGUAUUGGUUAAAAUGGAGGACUUUAUAAAGGCUCAAAAUGAGUUGAACCCAUCGGUAUCGGCUGAGGAAUUGCAGCAUUAUCUUAGAGUCAGAGAGAAUUUCGAAGGAGGGAAGGAAAAAGCUCAAGCACAACUUACAAAUGGCAAUGAAUUAACCAAUGGUUCGAUAAAGAUUUGA